AUGGAAAACCCGGAGGAACACCGAGAGUGGGUUGCUUCAGUGAUUGCCUCAGGGACUCCACCAUGGCUGGAUCUAUCUGUCUCGAUUGAGAAGAACACUUUCAACCGCGAAGCCAAGUUUUGGCUAUCCCUAAUAUCAUCGCGGGUGAUUCCUUCCAAGCAUAACACUGACAUACCCAUUACAAAGUGUAUUCUCAUCGCAUCACUCAUGUUCGGGUACCUCGUCGACGUGGGGGUGAUAAUCCGAGACGAGAUCAAGACUAAGUCCACUCAAAAAGGCACAUCGCUCCCUUUUCCUUGUUUGAUCACUGAAUUAUGUCUCCGAAAAAAGGUGCGCGAUAUUCCCCGGGUGGACAGAAUGUUACAGGUUGAACAAACAAUCAAUUACACCAUGUUAGAACCGGGGACUAGAAAGCGAAAGCGGGUGAGCUCAGAGCCAAGAGCUUCGGGGACAACACUUGAUGCUCAUAUUCUUGAGCCCGAAGACUUGGCCACUGAUGAUGCGGAGACAGCUCCUAGCACUGCCCCUCAAGCUCCGGGGGCUGACCCUCCGAGUUCUUCCACUACAGUUCCCGCUGCCCCUGUUCCACCAUCCACCACAGCAGCUCGUGGAGUGUCUAUCGAGGGUAUGCGAGUGCUCCGGGCAGCAGAUGCUAAAGUUAAUUGGUUGGUUGAGAGGCUUCCCGAUUUUGUGAAAGAGGCGAUUGAGGCAGCAAUGGCACCCUACACUCAGGCGAUCACAGAUAUUAGGAAAGAGCAGGACAAAAUUAAGGAGCAUGUUCGCCACAUUGAUCGUCGGUUGGAGCAGAUUGAGGGGGCAGUGCGGGCGGCCUUCCUGCCAUUCUGGCGGACCUAGCUAAGGUCAAGGAGGACAUUCGAGUAUUGAAAGUCCCCGAUAUUGAGCUCAGUGCACCCAUUCUACCAUUCGGUGCCUCCUUAUUCUCCACUGGGCCCACAGCGCCUGCCAUGCCUUCGGGAAAAGGGGUGGAGGAGCCAGCUGGGGAGGAAGAAAGUGAGGAAGAGUUUGACGACGAGCUGGAGGUUGACCCAGCUGUUGAGGAGGCACGUACUUCCGCCCGGGCUGCUGGUAUCGCUGAGGCUGAGAUUGACACAUACGUGGCCAUGCAGCAAUCCCUAGAGGUGAGCGGGAAAUCCAGAGGGGCCUCUCGACCCCCGAGGGCGGGUGAGGCCAGUUCAUCCACCGCUCCUCCAGCUGACACACGAUUGCCCCCGUCUGUGGGGCCUGAGAUAUUGACACCCGGGCUGGAGGAUGAUAUUGCACCGCUCCCAUUGAUAGUACCUCCGUUGGAGGUCCUCCCUGCUGAUCAGACACCAUCGGACGCCUGAUGCGUCCAUCAAUAACAUGUGCCGGAAGCAACUUGAAGCAGAACUGAACCAGGGCAUCACCUGC